AUGCAAUUGUCCCUUAGAGCUAAAGGGUUUAACAAGCUAUCUCCCAAGUAUUUUGGUCCUUUCCAGAUUCUGCAGAUGGUAGGACAGGUGGCCUACAAGUUAGCUUUGCCUGCUAGUUGUCUGCUUCACCCAGUUUUUCAUGUCUCUUGCUUGAAGCCUAAGUUGGGUGCUCACAUUACUCCUUUCCCUACCAUUCCUCCAGUUGACUUAGAUGGUUUUCUCAACCCUGAACCUACUGCAAUUUUACAGCAGAGGUUUAAGAAACUCAGAAGUAGAACCAUUACUGAGGUUUUGGUCCAAUGGCAAGGGCAAUCACUAGAAAAUGCAACUUGGGAAUCUCUUUACAAGCUUUAA